AUGUUCCUUUAUACUUUCAGAUUUGAACUUAAAGAGAAGGAGUUUCAGCGGCUCGAGAAAUUCUUCUCUCAAGAAGAGAUUAAAGCGGCAAAGGAAGAGAAGGGCAAAAGGCUUGAUGAGGGUGAAGUGAAACCAAUCAGUGAUACUGAGGAAUCAAAUAAUGAAUUGAAUAAUAAAAUAGUGACAAAAGUGGCUCCUUUUCCUACUAUCGAGGAUCACACUGAGCCCAACUUGCCAGAUAACAACACCCAGCUACGGGCUUCAGAACAGAAGCGUAAGAGUCGAGAGGAUAACGCCUUUGAGUAUCAUUAA